UCAAUGUCUUCCAGUGUAACUUUCCAGUAGUUUCUUGAGUCCUGACUUCUUGAGUGAUUUAGUCUUGUUCAGUUUCAUUCUUUAUCAUUUUCAAUCUUGCGUGACAAAUCGCGUUUCCAAUGUCCGUUGAUAAAUUCGCACAGAAGGAGAUGGACGAGAGUAUGCAACAAGGAGGAACACAGGCUGAUUUUAUUCGUGAGGAAUUAAAUUUUAAUAUUGAUACUGAGGAUCCGAUGACAAAAGCUUCUUUAAAUGAUCAUCUUGUGGACGAAUGGGUAGAUAUAUUGGGUAACGGUCAAUUGAAAAAGAAAAUCAUAAAAAAAGGUAAAGAUGGAACACGACCAAACAGAGGUGAAAUAUGUACGUUAAACAUUACUGGAAAACUUGAGGAUAGUAACAUAGUAGAAGAAUAUGAAAAUCUUGUGAUACAAUUGGGAGAUAUGGAAGUGAUACAGGGAUUAGACUUAGCAAUUGCAUUGAUGGAUGUAGAUGAAGUUGCUGAAAUCAUAGUUGAUCCUAGAUUUGCUUAUGGAAAGCAAGGAAAAAAACCUAUACCACCUGAUGCCACUAUUACAUAUAUGGUUGAAUUGAAAGCAGUAGAGUUAGAGCCUGAGAUAGAAACAUUAAGUAUUAGUCAAAGAAGAGAAAUAAGCAAUAAAAAACGUGAACGCGGAAAUUGGUGGUUUGUUCGAAUGGAGUUGCCUUUUGCAAUACAAUGUUAUCGGAGAGCGUUAGAAUAUUUGUCAUCAGCAAAAAGUAAUACAAAUCAAAAUGAGGAGGAAGACUCAUUUAGCGAUGCUGAGUUACAAAUUUUACUAGAGGAUCGCAUAAAAGUACACAAUAAUUUAGCAGCUGCAUUGAUUAAAACAGAAGCCUAUGAUGCAGCUUUAGAAAAUGUGGAACAUGUUUUGAGAUGUCAACCACAAAAUGUCAAAGCAUUAUUUAGGAAAGGAACAAUAUUGAGACUCAAAGGGGAAUAUGCAAAAGCUUACGCAAUCUUCACAGAAAUGCAAAGAUUAAAUCCAGAAAUGAAAAUAUGUACUACAGAAUUAAUAACUUUGAAAGAUAAACUGUCGAAGGAUGCAAAAAAAGAAAAGCACUUAUAUCGUAAAAUGUUAGGUGUAGUUGAAGAUACUAAAAAUUCAUCAAAGAAUGUGAAACCAGAUGAUAAAAAAAAGUUUACUAAGGGAAUUUUUUGGACAUUAGUUGGGGCAGCGUCUGUUGCUGCUGUUAGCAUAUUUGUUCACAAAUUUAUUUCAUGAAAAAAAGGUACAAAUAAAGAAAUCAGUAAUGAAAUAUUAUUAAAUUCUUUAUGUUUAAAAAAUAAAGUGGGAGUUGGCACUAU